GUCGCUGAAAGCAAGAGCUUUCCAACAGUACGACCGUGAGUGCAAAAAAACACUGUAAUCCACUUUCGCACGGUCAUCCAGCAAGAUUUGGUCGCGUUACGGCCUCUACAUUACCGACUACUGAGGAGAGAGUAAAAAAUGGCGCAAACUCGAUUACUUCUGCCUCUGCUGCUGCUGGUGGCGCCAUCCUGGAGUGAGCUGCGAAAAACAUUUCACAGUAGAAUCAGUGGUUCGAGUAGUCGAUUUCUGUUCUCCCAUCUCAAUCACGGUAGUGAACGAGGUCACGAUCAACACCAUCAGAGCUUUAAAAAGCAACUGGAAUCAACCACGAUGAAUGAAAGCGAAAUUGAAAUGACCACCCUGACUCCUACUACAGUUGCCCCGGAAGAAGAGUCGGUACAUUCCGAACUAUCGUACGAUAAAUCCCUACCGCUACGUGUGCUAGACUGCAUGACAAAGGUGUCACUCAUGGAUUGCAGUAAAUUGUUUGUGCUCCAGAAUAUGGAAUCAAAGGAUAACAAUUUCGAAACGAGUGGAAAUAUUACGCAUGAUAUUCAGCAAAUACUGCUGCCAUCAUAUACACGGCCAGACAAUAAAUUGUUCGAGGAUCGACUUUUGCGCUUGAACUCAACCGAGGUGGACCGUCGAAUCAAUCGGGGCCUAGCGUUGCUGUUUAAUGAACGCCAGAUCGACAUCACAUUCAUGCCAGGAUUUCGACUGCAGAUUAGUCCCAGCCAGGGAGACAUGCUGGAGUUCUCGAUCAAGAAGCAAUUCUCGUCCGAGGAAGGACGCGGCCGUGACGGUGAUCGCGAAAAGGAUAAGGAUAAGCGAGGAAACAAAAAGCUCGUGAAGCAUCUAAUCAGAUUUGGGGUGCCGGUGGUGCUGCUGCCCUCGAUGCUGCUGGCCAGCGUGAUGCCGAUGAUGCUUCCUGCGCUAAAAUUCGCCACCUUUUUCACCACCUUCGUAAAUCACGCCGCCCUGGCAGCAGCUGUCAUGUAUCUGGCGAAACAGCACGCCCAGGAGCAGGAGGAGAAGCAAACGGUGUACUUCAAUGCGGGCUAUAACUAGGAGGGGGUCGUAUCGGAGCAUGGUGGUGGAUAAAGAGGGAAAUUGCAGUGAGUUUUAGAGUAAGGAAUGUAUUAUAGUGUGCUAUUUAUUUUUAUUCAAUUUUGAUACACGAUUGAUGAUCAGGCAUCAUAGGAAA